AUGUCUGACGAAGACCUCGAGCAGAUUAGGCGCGCACGCCUCCAGCAGCUGCAACAGCAAGGCGGCGGCGGUGGAGGAGGAGGCGGGCAAGGCGGCGAAGGCUCAGAGCAAGAAUCGAAACAAGAGGCAGACCAACGUAACUCCAUCCUAGCUCAAAUCCUCACACCCGACGCCGCCGACCGUCUCGGCCGCAUCCGCCUCGUCAAAGAGUCCCGCGCAACCGAUAUCGAGAACCGGCUCAUCAUGCUCGCCCGCACAGGGCAGAUACGGCAGAAAGUGUCGGAGGAGCAGUUGAAGGAGAUUCUGGGUGCGGUCGCGGAACAGAAUGAGAAGGAAGAGAGCAAGAUUAUAGUGAAUAGGAGAGGAGGGGGCUGGGAUGACGAUGAUGAGCUGGAGGAGCUCAUGAAGGACGUGUAA